AUGCCAAAAUCUCUUAACUCCCUUUGGUUUUUGUUGCAGUGGAAGAUCGACGACAAGCCUGUAAAAAUUGACAAAUGGGAUGGUUCAGCUGUGAAAAAUUCUUUGGACGAUUCUGCCAAAAAGGUUCUCCUGGAGAAGUACAAAUACGUCGAAAAUUUCCGUUUGAUCGACGGCCGCCUCAUGAUCUGCACCAUCUCUUGUUUCUUUGCGAUGGUAGCUUUGGUUUGGGAUUACCUGCACCCUUUUCCUGAAUCCAAACCUGUUCUUGCCUUUUGUGUUGUAUCGUAUUUUGUGAUGAUGGGAAUCCUGACUAUCUAUACCUCAUACAAAGAGAAGAGUAUUUUCCUCGUAGCUCACAGAAAAGACCCUGCGGGGAUGGACCCCGAUGAUGUUUGGCAGCUCUCCUCCAGCCUCAAACGGUUUGAUGACAAAUACACCCUGAAGCUGACUUUCAUCAGCGGGAAAACCAAACAGCAGAGGGAAGCCGAGUUCACCAAAUCCAUUGCGAAAUUCUUCGAUAACAACGGGACGUUAGUCAUGGAGGCCUACGAGCCCGAGGUGUCCAGGCUGCACGAUAGUCUGGCCACGGAGAGGAAAAUAAAAUGAUUUCCAACGCCACCUGCCUCCUGGGAACGUGCUAAAUUAACAGCAGUAAAGUAAAAUAACCAAGAAA